AUGAAGUGCCCUUCGUCUUUGCUCUUUUCUCUUUUCUGGAUUUCUCUGGUGCAUGCACAAUUGAAUUCAGCCUGGUCGACAGCAUAUGCCAAGGCCCGGCAGUCAAUUGCGAAUCUGACGUUGAGCGAGAAAGCAAGGAUCACCACAGGUGUUGGCUUACUUGGAUUUGCGACUUGUACUGGUCAAACCAAGUCGAUCGACUCUAUCAAUUUUCCUGCACUGUGUCUUCAAGAUAGCGCGUUGGGCGUCCGGAAUACCAACGGAAAUUCAGUAUUCCCUGCAGGCAUCAAUGCUGCUGCAACCUUCAACAGGACGCUGAUGAACAAGAAAGGCGUUGCAAUGGGUCAAGAAUUCCGAGGAAAGGGCAUUCAUGUACAAUUGGGCCCAAUGAUGAAUCUCAUGCGUAUUCCUGCUUCCGGGAGAGCUUGGGAAGGAUUCGGCGGAGAUCCUUACUUAUCAGGUGAAGGCGCAUACGAGACGAUCAUUGGUAUACAGUCCCAGGGCGUACAAGCCGUUGCGAAGCACUUGAUAAACAACGAGCAAGAACAUAAUCGCAUGAAGUCUUCUUCCAAUGUCGAUGACAGAACGCAACAUGAAUUAUAUCUGCAUCCUUUCUUGCGGAGUAUACAAGCCAACGUGGCUGCUGUUAUGUGCAGUUACAUGAACGGAACGUAUGCAUGUGAAAACAAUAGCACACUGAAUGGGCUGUUGAAGACCGAAUUAGCUUUCCAAGGAUAUGUCAUGUCGGACUGGUAUGCGACUCAUUCGACGACGUCGGCCAAUAUGGGAUUGGAUAUGACCAUGCCCGGCGACAUGUUUCCUCUAUCCAUCGUCAGUUACUUUGGAGACAGUCUGGUCUCUGCUGUGCAGAAUGGGGAUGUACCUCAGUCUCGUCUUGAUGACAUGGCAAUCCGAAUUCUUGCGGCAUGGUACCUUGUGGGGCAGGAUCAAGGCUAUCCUGCCAUCAACUUGAACACUGACGUUCAGAGCGAUCAUAAAAAUUUGAUUCGAGAGAUUGGCGCUGCAUCUACAGUUCUUCUCAAAAACUCCCGCAAUGUUCUUCCACUCAGAGCGCCGAAGUCGAUCGCUGUCAUUGGAAGCGGAGCAGGCGCAAAUGACCUUGGCCCUAACAGCUGUCUCGACCACUCUUGUGAUUCAGGCGUGCUCGCCGAGGGCUGGGGUAGUGGGACUUCGAAUUUCCCUUAUCUUAUCACGGCAAGUCUAGAACAGUGCAGCGUUACGAUAUCAUCUGUUGAUAACACCAGCGUCUAUUCUUCCCUUAGCGAUUCUGACACCGGUGCUGCAGCCUCUACAGCAGCUGGGAAGGAUGUAGCUUUCGUCUUCAUUACUGCCGAUAGUGGAGAGGACGGCUAUCUCGUUGAGGGGAACACUGGGGAUAGGAACGAUUUACAAGCUUGGCAUAGCGGGGAUGCGCUAGUGCAAAAGGUUGCAAGUGUCAAUAGCAACACGAUCGUUGUCGUCAAUUCUGUCGGACCAAUUAUUAUGGAGGCAUGGAUCGACAGUCCAAACGUCACUGCUGUGGUUUGGAGUGGCCUGCCUGGUCAAGAAGCAGGAAACUCUUUGGUCGAUGUCCUGUAUGGCGCGUAUAACCCCAGUGGACGACUCCCGUACACCAUUGCCAAGAGCGCAGAUGAUUAUCCUGCGCAGAUCGCGGACCAGUUCACUCUCGUCACCAUUCCGAUAAAUUAUACGGAAGGUCUUUUCAUCGACUAUCGCCAUUUUGACGCGGCAAACAUUAGCCCGCGGUACGAGUUUGGAUUUGGACUAUCCUACACGACAUUCGCGUACUCUGGCCUUCAAAUCACAGGCUCCGCAGCAGGUGCCACUCCUCCAAGCGGACCAGGGUCAUCCCUCGAUCCGUCGCUUCAUGAGAAGGUCAUAACUGUGACAUUUACUCUUAAAAAUACUGGCGUAGUUGCCGGUAACGAGAUCCCGCAACUAUAUAUCUCAUCUCCAGCAUCCUCCAAUUCUCCUCCCUAUGUCCUGAAGGGUUUCGAUAGUAUUCACUUAUCACCUGGACAGUCUACCCUAGUCACGCUACAGAUUUCCAGGUAUGAUCUGUCUAUUUGGAAUGUUGUGACCCAGAGGUGGGAAAUUCCCAGUGGGGCAACGAAGAUCACUAUUGGUGCCAGUAGCAGAGAUCAUCGCUUGACGGGUACAAUUCAGAAUUGA